GAUUAGGUUCUUACGUGUGUCUUCUUGUUCUUUAUAUGGAAUACAGUAGAUAGAUGCGGACCCAACUUCUCCGACGAAAAGUCCGCUCAAUUCAUUAUUCAUCUUCGCUCUCAUUCAGGAGCAGGAAGUUAGAUAUGGCUGCCUUUGCAACCGCUGAAGCAUGUGAUUCAAAUGCUUUACUUUUGGCGAAUGGUGAGCUACGUGCUUUAGAACCGAUCUUUAAGAUAUAUGGUCAGCGUCGAGCAUUCUCAGGUCCUAUAUUGACUGUUAAGGUGUUUGAGGACAACGUUUUAGUGAGGCAACUCCUAGAAACCAGAGGUGAUGGGAGAGUUUUGGUUAUAGAUGGUGGAGGGAGCAACAGAUGUGCUUUACUUGGAGGGAAUUUGGGACAGUCAGCGCAGGCUAUGGGACUUGACAAAGAACCAAUGCCGAUGGUGAGGAAACGACCUAGAUAUGAAUCAGAGAAGAAAGCACCCAAAAGAGGUUCAAAGCUUGUAGCACAAUUCCAGAAGGAUAUUGCAUUGUUGCCCUUAGCAGCUUUCCAAAAAAAUAUAACAUUGUCGGCCUUAGCAGCAGUCACGCAUCAAAUAGAUCACCAAGUUGUUCACCAAGCCUUAGGUCACCACCUUCUGGAAUGCUUCAUUUGCUGUAAUUUCACAAGUCAAAACAUCAAAACCAGGAUUCCUAAAUUUAGCACCAGAUCGUAGGAAUUCACCAUUUUAGCAAUAAAUCAUUAAGGUUGUG